UUGCCAGUGUGCUAGUUCGAGCGGGUCGUGUAGUACAGUUUUGACGUCUCUUCUCGAAUACUGUCGUGCGGGACGAGACUGUUGGAAAAAUUUUGUGAUUCAGCACUUGGACGGCGAAUUUCGCGUGAAUUGGUGGUGAUUUCGGUGGAAAAGCUAGCUAAAGUGUUGCUAAAGCGUGUUUUGGGCUGUUAUUUGUGCGUGAAAACAUGGAAAAAUGCUUAAAAGUUGCAGCCAGUGAACAAAACUGUCGCAGCCCCGGCCGCAGGUCGUAAAAGUGAACAACACAACAAACACAUUAAUGACAUUAGCGGUGUGACGCAAAACUUUUGGAAACCGCAAGAAAAACAACACCGAAAAGUGACAGCUUGAGGUGUGGAACGGGGGGCGAACACUGCGCUAGACUUUCCUUCGCUGUCAGUGGCAUGCAGACAUGAACGUGCGUGAUUGUGACAAGUGACAAGUGCAAGAAGUUUCGACCGCAGACUCAGACAACUGUCAAGCCGGAAAAGAGGGCGCAAGGGGGUGGCCACCCCUUACCAGCUUUUUGCACCCAGACGGUGACAGAUGCAAAUCUAAUCAGGACGUCGCGCCAACUGUUCUACUGAAGUAUUUUUAACAAUCUAGAUGAUCGGCACAGCGGCAACGGAUCUCGCACUUCAAAACUAACCUAAACUUCAUCAUUUCGCAUUUAAACACCCGCUCCAAAAUGACCUCCGUCAAGGACACCGCUUCGUUUUUCGUCAACGGCAGCUCCAACCAGUUCGAUUUCGUGCUUGCGAUGUAUCCACAGGUCCUCAAGCUGUACGCGGGAAACAAGUGCAAAAAGCCGGAAGAGCUGAUCCGGCUAGACAACUGGUACCAGAACCAACUGCCCGCGCUGAUCAAGAAGCGCGGCAAGGACGCCCACAUGAUCCACGACGAGCUGGUCCAGUGCAUGAAGUGGAAGCAAACGAGGGGGAAGUUUUACCCGCAGUUGUCCUAUCUGAUCAAGGUCAAUACACCGCGGGCGGUGAUGGCCGAGACGAAGAAGGCGUUCAAGAAGCUGCCGAACUUGGAGUCAGCGAUUACGGCGCUGUCCAACUUGAAGGGCGUCGGGACGACGAUGGCUUCCGCACUGUUGGCGGCGGCCGCGCCGGAAACGGCUCCGUUUAUGGCCGAUGAGUGCCUGAUGGCGAUACCGGAGAUUGAGGGCAUUGACUACACGACCCGGGAGUACAUGAACUUUGUCCAGCACAUUCAGGCGACGACGGACCGGUUGAACGAGGAGGUGCACGGCCCGGUGAGCAGUUCCAAGAAGGGGGAUGAUGAUGACAGCAGCAGCAGCAGCAGCAGCGGUAGCAACGGCGAUACGCCGAAGGUCGCGAAGAAGUGGUCCCCGCACAACGUUGAACUGGCCCUGUGGACGCACUACGUGGCGCGGGAACUCCAACCCGACCUGCUCGAUAACAUGCCGGCCGCCGUUGCGGGUAGCAAAAAUAGCUACUCGAGGAAUCCAACGGCGAUAUCGGCUACCAACGGGUCGGGGAAUAACAACGUGACUCCCGCUGCCACGACGACGACGAAGACCACGACAACCGCUGAGGAACCUCCGUCCGACGAGAGCAACCUGGACACGGAGCUGGGCAAGAGCGGUGGUAGUGGAGCUACCUCGGACGCGUCAGAUUCCAAGGACGCCGCAGUUGGCGUCGUCGUCAACAACAAGUACAUCGAUAGCUUGGACGAGGGCGAAGACUCGCUGGAGAAACCCAGCACGACCACGGCCACGACGACGAUCCGGAACAACAACAGCGACGAGGUGACGGCGGACAGCGGAGAUUCGCAGAGCAGUGCGAAGCGGUCGACGCCGUUUGAGGAUGAAGACGACGAGGAAGAUGAGGAGGAGGAGGAGGACGAGGAGGAUGAAAGCUCCGUUGAUGGCGCUCCGGACGCCAAGAAGGCUAAGUUGGACUAGUUGCGAGGGGGGUUCGGAAAUCAAAAUCAGUUAACAUAAUUAACGUCGAAGCUACCAAGAGAAGCGGUUGGUAGCGCACACUGAGAACAGACAGACAGACACACACUGAGAAGAACGCAAUGUACAAAUUAUGUUAAACUGAUUGUAAGUGGAAAAUCACGUAACUCUUAAGAGGGGAAAAGAGAAGUGGACACGGGAGGGAGAAGAAACUUUAAUUGAGAUGAAUUGGAGGAGCGCGGCGGAGAAGACAUUUACACAGCAAAAUCCAGGAAAUCCAGGAGAUCCACUUGUGGAGAAAUUUUAUUAGUAAAAGUGUACGUGAGAAAGCGAGCGAGAAAGGUAAGGGAAUGAACGAACGCGCGAACGAGAUAGUGAGAACCGUGAGUGAUUGCGACGUGUAGCGAACGAUAGUGAGGAAACUGUAGUAUCAUUAAGGCUAAAAUUUAUUUGACACUCUUCUAGCGAGAUAUCCAAGGCAUGUACUACCACCCUAUCUCCCUGUUAGGAAAUACAUCCAAACCAUUUGGAUCCGCUUCCACUUGAGAUGUUUUCUGCAUUUGUUCAUUUUCCCCCUGCUACCACUUUUGAAUUUUCUUUCCCCUCUCCUUAUUCUCAUUUAGUGCUGAAUUGGCGUGAUUGGGUCAAGUGGGAAACUCUGCUUUUUAAUUAGGUUUCCCUUCCCUGAAAAUAGGGUGCUGCUUCUUCUUCUCGAAUAAAUGACCUCUCAAUUUUGUUCAAUUUAUCCCGGGAAACGAACAGAUAAAAGCUUUCAACUCAACGGAGCUCAUACUUUUCGUAAAAUUGGUAGCAAUCAAUCAAGAUGGCGUCUCGAUCCACGUGCUACUAAAAUCGAAGUGCGACUUUCAGCUGUAAGAUCGCUGCUACUAAUUUUCAACAGUGAAAACAUAUUAAAUUGAUAGUAUUUUAAUCUUGGUAGCCAUUUCAGAUUGCUACCAUAAUCCACCGUGUCCACGUGGUUUAUAGAUGGCCGGUAGUCGUUCUAGCCUAUUUCUGAUCAGUAAUCUUUAACUGCUUCAAGCUGACCAUUAUGAUUCGCUACCAAACUCAUUUAAAGGAUCAGUCCUUGUGUUGCCACCAUUUUGCAUUUUAUGGUUUGUCGCUAUUGGUAACCAUAUUUUACAGAAUAAUCGUAACCAUAGAAUACAGAACAAUUUCAUGACUUAGAUGUUUACCAAUUUUCUUGAAAUAUUCAACAUUACCAACUAAAACCAAAUUGCUACCAAUAUUAGCCCAAUGAGCGUCUUAUGUUGCUACCAAUGUUGACUCCACAAUUGAAGCAAAUUUUCAUCUUGAAUGCCUUCACAACUUGCUGCCGAAGUCCGUCAAAGUGAUUUCCUCGGUAAUAACUCGCUACCAAUAACAAUCCAAGUAAUCGUCAUUAUUCUUGCGUUGCCGAACAUAAAUGGUAGCCUCUUUUUACGGGAUGUAGAAGAGCUUAUUUGCUUUUGUCUAGAAUUAUUUCUCGCAACCAACUCAAAUUUAAUUGCUCCCAUUCCAUCUUAUGACCAUUUGGUGGCUCUAACACUAAUAUUUAAAUGAGUAAAGAUUAAAACUGAUUCUAAAUUUUCAUCAUGCCUUCUUAAUUCCACAAAACAAAGCCAACUAAAUUUGUUACCAAUUUCCAAGUGCCGUUUUGAUGGUCAGUCAAGAUUAAUAAUAACUUGCUAUCAAUUUCCUCCUAUUUUUCACAAAUUUAAUACCAAUCAGUUGUUCGGAUUUGUGCAAAUUUGUAUCUGGCUAACCAUUUGUUUCUCUUCUUAAACAAAAUUGGUAGCAAACUUGUAGCCAUUUGCCGUUACCAAUCUGUGCUCUCAUCUGACGUUCAAGUUACGGUUACCAAUUGCUACCAAAUUAAAUCACAUUGGCGAUCGCAACUUUCUAACAGCUUUUACAGUUUUGUUGCUUCGAUUACUAACAUGCAGUCGUUUGGUUACCAAUUCAGUGAACGGCACAACUUUGGAGUUAAUUUGAACAAAUUUUCAUUCGAUUUUUUUUUACUUUUUCAAUUUGCUCACUAUUUGACAUCAACUAGCUAUUAAUAUUAGGCACGAUUUGCUACCAAGUUCAUCGGCCUUUUAAAUUUAAUUUACAUUGGUUACCAAAGUUCAAUUGGUCAUUCUUUUCUUUUUAUUUGCUACCAAUUUCAAUCCACCUAUCGUAACAAAUUGAUGCCAAAUUCUGGCUGUAAAAUAUUGCUUGCAAUAGCAUAUCGAUUUUUUUCUUAUUUUUUUUAUUUUUUGCUUAAAAAUUUCAACUAUUACAACAAUUUGCUACCAAAUUUGAUUUUAUUGUUCUUGCAUUGGUUGUUUCGAUUUACUUCCAAUUUGCGUAAUAACUCAAUUACCAUAACAAUUCAAUAGAAUUGGUCACUUCGAUUGGCAACUAAUUUAUAUAUUUAUGAUCGUCACCAUUUGCUACCAAUUGUACCUCAAUUGAUCGCUUCUAAUUUUAAUCAUUUUUGAAUCAGCCGUCACCAAUGCUACCAAUCUUGAAAAGGUGUUAUUGAUUUGUUACCAACAUGAACUUCAAUGGCGAUCACGAUGUUUUACUUUUUACAGGUGUUUAAUGAGCAAGAUUCAUUUCAAUAUAGCAUCUACCUUGGCAUGCUACCCAUUUGCUACCAAUUUUUAUCCAAUGUUUUGCCAGGGGCCUACAAUUUGUCUUAUUAGAUUUUUCGCUACCAAUUCAGUUGAGUCUUGAAAUUUGAGGUUACCAAACCUCUGCUACCAAUUCGUUGAAGUGUUCAAUGGAUAUUCCACAUGAAUAGCUUCAUAUUUAUCCUUAGUCAUAAAUUUGGUUUCACUUGUAACUUAAACACUAUUGCAUUUCAGUUAUCAUGUCAAUAAGCAUUCACGGCUAGCUACCAAUAAUUUUCAAAAAGAUGCCACAUCAGUUCGCUCCCAAAACGAUUUUUUUUCAUAAAAUUCUUAUUCGCUACCAAUUUGUUUAUCUCCAAUUCGUCCAGCUAUCAAUCUUUGAGUCCGAUAACCGUUCUGCUGCUACCAAUUUUCAUUUAAAUUCGCUACCCAUUGGUUUUUGGAUAUUAAUUUCUCUUAACUUUCCUUUCGUAUUCGUCACUGUUUGAUCAUGUCAAUUCGCAUCCAUUUUCGUCGAAAAAUGUCGCUACCAAUAUAAUGUUUUCUACUUUCCAUUGAGUUUUUACUUUAUUUUGUAUCCAAAUCACAACCAGGCCCAGCAAAGAUGGGGCACAUUCCAAUUCAUAAACAGAUUUGUGCUUUUGUGUUUGAUCAAAUCAAAACGUAAUCAUUGUAAAAUUAAACUCACACAAACACACACCUCUAUACGCAUAUACACGCAAAGAAAAAUAAAAAAGUCGAGUCAAAAAUAUAAAUGUUUUGGAUGAAAUUCAAAAUUAUUAAGUGUCGGAUUUAAUUUCAGUUCCAUGAAAGUUUAGGCAAAGAAAAAGGAAAGGAAAUAGUCUUAGGUCUGCGAAGGUGAAAGAUUUUUUUCUUAUUUUGUUUCGUUUGUAGACAUUUAGUGGUAAGCAGAAGAACUCUGAUAGAAAUUAUUUAUUACUAUUAUUAAAGUUAAACUUAUUAUUGCAAGCGCUAGCGCUGCUAAUUAUCACUCACAACCUAAUCAAGAAAAUUUAAACAAAAGAUAAGUAACUUCUACCAACUAACGAUACCGCCAAUCGUAAAUUAAAGUGGAAGGCAGAGUAGUAUUAGUUGACUGUUUUUAGUUUGCCGCGUAAGUUUAAAGUAAAACAGUAAGCAUUAUACGAAAUCAUGUUACAGAAAUCAAGCAAGAGAGAGAGAGAGAAUUUGAGAUCAAACCAGCAACACUGGUUACUGACACACUCAUACACCAUCCCAGAAAUCACAUUUACAAACAAAAAUGAAUCAAAUCGAAUCCCCUCCUUGGUAGCAAAGUAAAAUCCACUCAAAAUAAACUAAACCUGAGUAAGAGAGAGAGAGACAGUGAGAAAGAGAGAGAACGCAGAUUACAAGACAAACUUAUACACUCACACACGUUACGAAAUAUAUAGUAAAGAAAAACAAACAAAAAACAAAAACAAGCUAGCAACUAGUACUCCAAACAAUAAGAAAUCUGCAACAUAAGAAAACAAAACAAAACAGAAACCACUAAUAGCCUUUAAACAUAAAUAAGAAAAGAGGAAAAUAAAACAAAACAUACUUUAAAAAACAUGUAAAGAUUAAGUAGAAAACACACACACACACAAACAAACACAUACUGAGAAUACAUACCAGAAAUUAAAGUAAACAACAACAACAAAAAAUCAAGCGACAGCAACAUAAACCAACUUUUCAGCCGUACUGAACUCGAGUACUAUACAAACAUUAAUUGUAGUGCAAGGUUAAGGAGAAAAAGGAAAGGUACAGAAGAAGGAGAAGAAGAAAAUAAAUCUGAAAGGAAAACAACUACAAUUCUACUUUACAGAA